AUGCUGUCCUCCUGGAAUGUGUUUAUUGAUUACUCUCCAGAAGAGAGUGAAUACCUGGAUCCUGCUCAGUGGAGUUUGUACAGGGAUGUGAUGUUGGAAAAUUACAGCAACCUUCUGUUCCUGGGACUUGCUGUCCCUAAGCCACACCUGGUGACAUUUCUGGAGCAAAGACAAGAGCCUUCAGAUGUGAAGAGACAAGCAGCAGCCACCGUGUACCCAGGAACAUUACCCAAUGAUUAUAAUGUUUACAACAACAUUGAUUAUAACUCAGUAAGUAUUCAACACCAGAGAAUUCAUACAAGGGAGAAACCAUGCAAAUGCAAAGACUGUGGUAAGGCCCUUAGUUCUUAUAGAACACUUUCUAUACACCAGACACUUUACACAGGAGAAAAUCCCUACAAGUGUAAAGAAUGUCAUAAGGCCUUCUGCGCCACCAAUGCCUGGCCGCCCUCAUCACUUUUUAUUCACCAGAAAAACCACACUGAUGAAAAAAACUACAAGUGUGAAGAAUUUGGCAAAUUAUUUUCCUGUCCUUCAAUGCUGAAGCAACAUCAAAGAAUUCAUUCUGGAGAGAAACCCCACACAUGUAAAGAAUGUCAUAAGUGCAAAGAAUGUGGCAGAUCAUUUUACUAUCCUUCAAUGCUGAAGCAACAUCUAAGAAUUCAUUUUAGAGAGAAACCCUGCAAGUGUGAAGAGUGUGGCAGGUACUUUCCCUCAUUUUCAUACCUUAGACAACAUGAAGCAAUUCAUACACGGGAGAAAAUUUUCCAGUGUGAGGAGUAUGACAUCAAAGAGUCCAUACUGGGGAGAAAUCAUACAAGUGUGAGGAGUGUGACAAACAUUUUUGCUUCUCUUCAUCCCUUCAGCGAUAUCAAACAAUUCACUUUGAAGACAAUCCCUACAAGUGUGCAGAAUGUGGCAAAAGCUCCAGCUCAGGAGCCCCCUGCAGCCACCACAGGCAGUCCUUUCUGGCCUCCCUCACCUCAGAAUGUAAGCACAACCAAGAAGCCCAGUUUACAAUCUGGUUAUCUUGCAUUAGGUUCCUUUGAGGAGGGGAACACCAGCCUCAUUGCCCACGGCUGUAAUGCUGACUCUGCUUCUUCCACUGGUAUCUACUGCAGGCAGCCAGACACAAAUCCACUAAAAGUAGAAUUCUCUUUACCUGGUUCCGGGAAUUCUUUCGCACAGACUUCUGGGAAAUGUAGUUCAGGAGACUGUGACAUCACAGAGAGCCUUCCAGGAAAUCCUAAUCGGGGUUUUGUUCUAUACAAGUGCGUCUUCCCCAAAGUUGGGCGCGAGUCUUUCCCCGCUGCGUCUCCUGCUGCGUCUCUGACUUGGAGGUUGGUCCAGGGUGCAGCGCAGCCUGAGGCUCUGUGCGGGGUGCGGGUUCCGUCUUGGAGGGAGCCGACCUGGGCUGGGGGGAAGGCGGAGAAGCUGCCCGGGAGGUGCUGGGCUGAACUGGCUGGGAUUCGGGAGGUUGCGGGUCAGGACUGGGAGAGGGCGAUAGGACUGUGUCCUGAGUGA